AUGUCGGGCACCGAGAUCCCAAAACUUCAAGUCGAUGAGAAGAAGGCCGAAGAGUCGAAAAUCGGAAGCGAUGACGAAUCGAGCGAUUGCGAUGUCGACGUUCGCAACGAGUUCAAAAGCUGCAUUGACGAGACCAUAUCGACAGUCUGCCGAGUUGUGUCGAUGAAGCGAAAAGGCAACGAGGGGCAAAAGAAUGAAACAACUGGAAAGCAAUAA